UGCAAUCGCGUCGUCCGCGCGUGAAGAAGCAACAAGCGAGGUGCAAAUCCAAUAUUACGGGCACGUGUCGCUACCAAAAUUCGCUCAUCAGUACAAAAUAUACAAAAUAAAACAAUAUUAAAAGUGAGAGUGAGAGCGAGCGAGUGAGUGAGAGUGAGAGAGAGCGAGAGAGAGAGAGAGAGUGAGUAGCAGUAGCAACAGCAGCAGCAUGUUCUAUCUAAUUGGACUCGGUCUGGGCGAUAUCAAGGAUAUCACAGUGAAAGGCCUUGAAAUUGUGAAGCAAUGUAGUCGUGUGUACCUGGAAAUGUAUACCUCAAUUCUCGGCUGCAGCCUUGAGGAUAUGCAAGAGUUUUACGGCCGUCCCUUAAUGCUAGCGGACCGUGACCUUGUGGAGCAGGGCGCCGAUGAGAUAUUGGCGGGUGCUGCCGAGACCGAUGUUGCCCUGCUCGUUGUUGGGGAUCCGUUUGGUGCCACAACUCACACAGAUUUCAUAUUGCGCGCGAAAGAGAAGAACAUACCCUACAAGGUCAUCCAUAAUGCCUCCAUUAUGAAUGCCAUCGGCUGUUGUGGCCUGCAGCUGUAUAAAUUUGGUGAAACUGUUUCAAUACCAUAUUGGGAUGAGACUUGGAAACCGGAUAGUUUCUACGAUAAGAUUAAAUUGAAUCGCCUGCACAAUAUGCACACACUUUGUCUGCUCGACAUCAAGGUUAAGGAGCCCACACCCGAAUCGUUGAUGCGCAAACGCAAGGAGUAUAUGCCGCCCAGGUUUAUGAGCUGUGCCGAGGCUGCCCAACAGCUGUUGACUAUUGUGGAGAAGAAGGAUGCCUUGGAGAGGAAUACGGUGCUCAAUGAGCAAUCGUUGUGUGUGGGUUUGGCACGUGUUGGCCAGAGUACGCAACAGAUCGUUGUUGGCACAUUGCAUGGGAUGCGUGCCAUGGAUUUGGGUGGACCACUGCACUCGCUCAUCAUUCCCGCCAAGGAGAUGCAUCCCCUCGAGGUGGAAUUUCUGCAGCAGUACUCCGACAGCAUCAAGUUGGACGAUUAUAAUCAUUAGAUCCAAACA